AUAACAGCGCGUGAUGCAACACAGCCGCCACAUGCGCCGCUUGACACCAGUGUCGGCAAGGCAGAGAUUUCUUCUUCUACGGUUUUGAAAAAGAAACCAACUCUUCUUCGUCUUCGCUUGUCGCCGACCACCUCACAGGAUGAUGCUGCAGCACUCGGGACCGUCGCUGGCCGACAUCAGUUGCUCCGCCCUCGUCCCCUGCCUGUCGCCGCCGGGCUCACUCACCCUGGACGACUUCACCAACUUCCCGAGCACCGUGGCGAAGGACGAGCUCCGCCUCGCCAUCCAGACCAAACGUCUGUGCGACGGCCUCAGCGCCGAUGUCAGCUCCGAUGGCGCCAGCUCAUGCUCGGACCGCGGCGCCGGCAGCAAGCGAGAGCUGACGGGUGAGGAGAUGGACAGAAGGAAGAGGAGGAGGGAGAGGAACAAGAUCGCCGCCGCCAAGUGUCGGAACAAGAAGAAGGAGAAGACGGAAUGUUUGCAGAAGGAGUCUGAGAAGCUGGAGAGCGUCAACGCCGAGCUGAAGGCUCAGAUUGAAGCUCUGAAGCAGCAGAAGCAGCAGCUAGUCUACAUGCUCAACCUGCACCGGCCCACCUGCAUCGUCCGGGCCCAGCAGGGGCAGACACCCGAGGACGAGAGGAACCUGUUCCUCCAGCACAUCAAGGAGAGCACCUUACAGGUGCACCACCUCCACGCCUCGCCCCCCGAAUCCGCAGACGCCGCCCUCCUCAGCCUGGACCAGAUCCAGUGUUCUAGUUCCAUCUGAGCACGACUCUUUUAGAAGCACCAUGGAGAACUGAGAAGGACUGGUGGUCCUCAAAGCUGCUGGGAAGGCGGAGGAAGGUGACCCCUCCCGUUGCGCCCCCCGCCCAGAAUCCAAAGCUGCUGAUUGGACAGGCCUUCACCUGCACGACAAACUGGACUUUGUUGUUCACGUCAUGUCCAAGGAGAAGAUGGAAGAUACACGUCAUGACACGUCCACUAGGUGGCGCUGACUUUUGUACCACUUCCUGUUCACUGAGGCACAAACGGGAAGCUGAAAGUUUUAAUUUAUUUCUUAUCAUGCUGCUAAUGCUAAUGCUAACCACUCAGGACCUUACCAGUCAUGUCGUUUGAUUGGCACGUGGUUCUCCACGAGGACAACUUAGGACACCGCAGCCGGCUAGGCUAUGAGACACGUCCACCACACAUGUGCCACAUGCACGUGUGUGUGUGUGUGUGUGUGUCUGGGUGUAAACUCACAAGUUGUGUGUAUGUGUGUGAGACUUUUUCCACUUCAAGUUGUUAUUGUUUAUUUUAGCGAGGCUUCAUUAGCUGGUUUGAUGUUAGCACACCUCAGUCAGUGAGGAUGAUGAAGACCGUGUGCUCUUCCUCAAUCUCAAUAAACUAUAAAGCGUUCCAAAGAGUGUGUAUAUGUGUGUGUGUGUGUGAAAGAGAGAGACGCAGGCGUCUGCGUGUUCGUGUUUCCGUGUAGUCAUGUGACUGUUUCACAACAUGUAGCAGGUCAGCACCAGUACCAGCGACCACUGUGUCCCCCCUUGUAGUUUCCUUUCUUCCAACUUUGCGUAAU